CUGCGGAGAACACAAGGCUAGACAGAGUCCUGUGGCCUCGUGAUUUGGGGCUAGCACCUGGCUGGAGCGGAGCCUUGAGGAAAGGGGGCCCAGAGUUAGGAGGAACCUGUGUGGGCGUGGUCUCAGUGGGUGGAGCAUCCACUUGCUUAAAGUCUCCCGCCUCCCCGGCCUGGCCAAGCUUUUUUCUCCUCAGCCAUGUCCUGUUCUCCGCUCGUACCAUUCUUGUCCCUUUUGCUUCUGCUGUUCCUACCCGAGGUUCCCAGAGCAGCCACUGCGUCCCUGCCGCAAGGAUCCUCCGAGGGCGCAGCCACCUGCAAGGCCCACGACCUGUGCCUCUUCGGGCCACGCCGGUUGCUCUCUGCACCACCUGUCAAUGUCAGCCUCUAUUAUGAGUCCCUGUGUGGAGCUUGUCGCUACUUCCUCGUCCGAAAUUUGUUCCCAACCUGGCUGAUGGUUAUGGAAAUCAUGAACAUCACUCUGGUGCCCUACGGGAACGCACAGGAGAGAAAUGUCAGCGGUACAUGGGAGUUCACGUGCCAGCACGGGGAGCUGGAGUGUAAACUGAACAAGGUGGAGGCCUGUCUGCUGGACAAGCUGGAAAAGGAGGCGGCAUUCCUAACCAUCGUCUGUAUGGAGGAGAUGGAGGACAUGGAGAAGAAACUGGGCCCGUGCCUGCAGCUGUAUGUUCCAGAGGUGUCACCAGAAAGCAUCAUGGAGUGUGCCACCGGAAAACGAGGCACAGAGCUGAUGCAUGAGAACGCCCAGCUCACAGAUGCCCUACAGCCACCCCAUGAGUAUGUGCCCUGGGUCCUGGUCAACGAGAAACCGUUGACGGACCCCAGCCAGCUCCUGAGCUCCGUUUGUGAGCUGUACCAGGGGACAGAGAAGCCAGACAUCUGCUCCUCCAUGGCUGAUGCCCCCAGGGAGGUCUGCUAUAAGUGAAGGUCAUUGUCCCAAGAAAAACUACUCAGCUUGAAGUGGAGGAGUCUGCCAGAGCUGCUGACCAGCCAUGGAGUCCUGCACGUGUCCCACAAAACCCAGAUGCAAAACUCGGAGUCAAGAAUCUUGCCUUAUUUUCAAAUGGUGCUAAAUUCAAAUCCACACAAUACAUCAUCCACAUUGCUGUGAUUCCCUUUUCCUGA